AUGAUCGCAUUGGACAUUCGUAUGCUGUGUCUGUGCAUCUAUUUGCUGGUGCGUGACACGACUAGUAGCGAAAGUAGCUCUAACGGAAGCGGAUCUUUGUGGUCAUCUUCACCAUCUGCUUCCUCUUCUUCUCCUUGUCUGCAGGACGCCGAUGUGUUUCAAAUAAUCAUGAGGACGUACAACAGGCAUCAGCUGCCUCAGGGUGUCAGACCAGUGCUGGUGACCAUCGAGAUAGACGUUCAGGACAUAUUCAUGAUCUACGAUGAGACGACCGAUUUCGAGCUGAGCAUCUUCCUGAACGAGGAGUGGAACGACCGAGCGCUCGACUUCCGCCACCUUAAUUCGUGCCGCGAUCGCCUGGUUCUGCAAGGAGAACAGACGACGAUGCUCUGGAGCCCGAACACGUGCUUCAUCAACAGCAAAUCGUCGCACGUCCACUACUCGCCGACCAAGAACGCGUGGGCGAUCGUGUUCGCCAACGGCACGGUGUGGACCAAAUACCGUAUGUUCUUGUCCGGCCCAUGCGACAUGGACCUGUUCACAUUUCCACUGGACCACGUCCGUUGUUACCUCACGUUUGAAAGCUUCACGUACAACACCGACGAGGUGAUCAUGCACUGGCGACAGCCGAUUCCCGUACAGCUAUCCCAGGAGGUGUGGCACGGCCAGACGCUGCAGUUUGACCCGAACGCGCCGAUGAGGCCGUACACGCCGUCCAUGUACCUGAACGAAUUUUAUCUCAGGAACAUUAACGCCAGCAGAGUGGCCAUGGUAAGGCAAUGCUGCUCUGUUUCAACACAUCCUCCAUCCUUCCCCAACCUAAUUCCACUACAGUAG